CCCGGCCUUUCUCUUUGGCCGUGCAACCCCUGCCCUGCUCGGCCUCGGCUUGUGGCGUCCCGCGCGCGCCCCAUUCCUCCUCUCUGCGUACGGCUGGGUCGACCAGCUCAGCGGGAUGAAACGACCGGGCCCGGCUGCGACGAUGGUGCUGAUCUGUGCAGCAAACAGCGCCUGAGAGAGCGAUGAGGUAGAACUAGCGCUUCAGCUGCAGUCCUGAGGAUAGAGCCAGCCGGGGCAGUAGAAGGGUUUCUCUCCUCACCCUACCACAGAACGUGUUCGGAUUGCUCUGAAAAAUCCUAGUCAGUCACAGAUCGCAAACGGAAGGGAUUUUCCUGCUCCAGCUACAGGUUGGUGCGGAUGAGGGGCCUGAUUUUGCCCCUUGUGAUGAAAUGCCUGCUGUCAAAUACACAAAACUUUUCGUGGUGGUGGUGAGUGACAUGGUCAUAAGUCACGGGUAUCCCGUGUAAACAAACAUCUUUAUACAUAUGAGAAUUGGUAUAAAAGUAACUACAGAGGUGGUUACAAAAUAAAAUAAACCGAUAUAUAGGUCCAUUUUAAUUGUAUUUAAAAUAGGCUUGUGUUUAGUGCCAGUUCAUACCAGUGAGUUAAAAAUAGGAUAGCAUAUACAUGUACAACAAUCUGUGAAUCUUAAUGAAUGCCAGUGAUAUUAUGGAUGUGCCUGUAAGCUUUCUAUCAGGGAAAUGUGAAAUGAUUAUUUUAGAGUCAGAAUGUGAUUUUGGUUCUCCUGAACAAUUGAAAUGUUUGGGGGUGUAUACUUGACAGCAAAAUGAUGUGGGGGGGUUUCUUUUUUAAAAUGCAAUCUAUCAACACAGCAAUAAAGUAUACCCUGACUUUCCAUGGAAAUUAUCUGCAGUCACCAUUUCCUACUUCAGCCCAAGUUACUACUAAAGAAGCUCCAAUAGCAUUUAGGUAUACCUUGGAUAAUAACCUUCUAAGCCCAGAACAAAGGCAUUUCUAUGAAGAGAAUGGUUACUUAGUCAUAAAAAACCUGGUCUCUGAUGAGGACAUUGAACGUUUCAGAAAUGCAUUUAUAAAGAUCUGCAAAGAGGAGGUGAAGGUCCCUGGACUCAUGGUUAUGAGAGAUGUGUCAAUUGCUAAAUCAAAGUUUAUUACCAGUGAGAAAAUAGUUACAAAAAUACAGGAUUUUAUGGAAGAUAAAGAGCUCUUCAGAUAUUGCCAGUUGCCUCAGAUACUACAAUAUGUUGAAUGCUUCACAGGACCAAACAUUAUGGCUGUGCAUACUAUGUUGAUAAAUAAACCUCCAGACUCAGGAAAGAAGACCUCUCGCCACCCAUUGCAUCAGGAUUUGCACUAUUUCCCAUUCCGGCCAGCAGAUCGCAUUGUCGGUGUCUGGACUGCCAUGGAGAGGAUCCAUCACAGAAAUGGGUGCUUGGUGGUCUUGCCAGGAACUCAUAAGGGGUCUCUGAAACAGCAUGAUUAUCCUGAAUGGGAGGGUGGAGUAAACAAGAUGUACCAUGGAGUGCUUGAUUAUGAUGAAAAUGCUCCCAGAGUUCACCUUGUUAUGGAGAAAGGAGAUACUGUGUUCUUCCAUCCUUUGCUAAUUCACGGCUCUGGAAUGAACAGGACAGAAGGGUUUCGAAAGGCAAUCUCUUGUCAUUAUGCAAGCUGUGACUGCCACUAUAUUGAUGUGAAAGGUACUACUCAAGAAAACUUAGAGAAAGAACUUCAAGAUAUUGGAAGAAAGAAAUAUAAUUUGGACUCAAAUUUCACCUUGAAGGAUGCUUCAAUGCUCCGAAGUCGUCUUGUUAAAGGAGAGAGAAGAAAUCUUUAAAAGUUACCUAGAUGCCAAGGCUUGAAUAUCCUGUUCUGGAUUCAUGAACGACCUAAAAAAUUAUAAGCUCUUUCUCAAAUGUAUUCUGAACAAUUUUCUUAAUGACCUUUUGAGAGUAUUAUGCAGAUAGUAUUGUUCUCAAAAUAUUCUGAAGCUUAAAUGACUAAAUAAUGAAUCCAAGGCUGAAAUUGUGAAUGCAUUUCAAUAAGCAUAGUGGGGCUUACUUCUGAUGCCUGUCUUAUGUACUUGAUGGCGUGCUUAAUAGCAAGAUUAAGUUAACUAUUAACUAUUGUUAUCUGAUUUGCUUAAGUAAGUAUGCACAGGAGGGAAAAAGAGUCCUAACUGAUAGUAUUUGAUAGGGGGGUUGGAGGUAGAUAGCUGAUCUGAAACAUUAACAGAGUUGUAACAGCUACGAAAGGCCAAUUCCAAGCUAGGAACUUCUAGGAAAAAGGAUGGCCGCUGCCACCAAUGCAUUUAUACAGUUGUGUAGUUCAUCUGUGUUUGGAAUAUCAUCUCCGUUUCUGACUGCUCUAUCUCAAAAGGAUAAUGAAAGUUUGGAAAGUGGCAGUA